AUGUUUAUUGCUGUUGUGGGUUGCACGCACGGUGAAUUAGAUUUAAUAUACUCGACACUCGAAAAAAUAGAAGAAGAAAAUAAAAUAAAAGUUGAUAUUUUAAUUUGUUGUGGUGAUUUUCAAAGUGUGCGAUACAGUGUUGAUAAUGAGUGUUUGAAUGUUCCUUCUAAAUAUAAAAAAGAACAAAAUGAUUUUGUAGAUUAUUUUAUAGGAAAAAAGAAAGCUAAGAUCUUAACUAUAUUUGUAGGAGGAAAUCAUGAAGCUAUGAAUGUAUUGAAACAGUUGUAUUAUGGUGGUUGGGUUGCUCCGAAUAUAUAUUAUUUAGGUUAUUCUAAUGUUCUUAAUAUUAAUAAUUUGAGAAUAUGUAGUUUAAGUGGUAUAUAUAAAAAAUAUAGCUAUUUUAAAAAAUAUUAUGAAUCGUAUCCUUAUACAGAUAUUACAAAGGUUAGUGCAUAUCAUAUAAGAAAAUAUGAAAUAGAAAAAUUAAAAUUAUUAAAAAAUAAUGUUGAUAUUGUUGUUACACAUGAUUGGCCAAAUAAUAUUGAAAAACAUGGAGAUGUACAUGACUUAUUAAGAAGAAAAUUCCAUUUCCAAUCUGACGUAUAUAAUAAUACAUUAGGUAAUCCACAUACUGAAAUAUUAUUAAAUAAGUUGAAACCUUAUUUCUGGUUUGCAUCACAUCUACAUGUAAAAUAUUCAGCUUUAUAUAUUCACAAUGAUCAAAAGAAAUAUACCAGAUUUCUAUCUUUAGAUAAGGCUCAAGAACAUAAACAUUUUAUACAAAUUUUAAAUAUAUCUAAAAAGAAUGAUUCUAUGUAUUUAAAUUUUGAUCAUAUUCCAAAGGUGUCCUUACAAGAAGGAACUAAUCAAAUGGACUUACAGAAUGAUGCACAGCAUAAUCAUGAUUUGAAUAAUGGUCCUAAUAGUAAAUCUAAUACAUACAGUAAUAAUAAAGAUAAUAAUAAUAAUAAUAAUAAUAAUGAUAAUGAUAAUAAUAAUGAUGAUUCUAUCAAUUUAGAUUAUGAUCAUGAGAAGGCUUUAUACGAACUAGACAGAGACAUGCAAUUGGAUCAAAAAAAAAAAAAUGUCGAUAACAAUCCACAUAAUAAUCAUAAUGAAGAUAAACAAGUUGAUAUAUCAACAAACGUAGAAGAAGAAAAUAAUAACUCUCAACAUAUAAAUUUAAAAAAAGAUGAAGAAUCCUUAAAUGAACAAAAUGAUAAUAAAGAUGAACAAUCUAGCCAAGAUGAAAAUGAUUCAGAUGAAAAAAAAAAAAAAAAAUUUUAUUUAUGUUAUGAUAUAGAAUGGCUAGCUAUACUAAAAGCAAAUCAUCACCUGAUUUCGGCCUCAUGUGAUAAAGAUUAUAAUUUAGAAACACUAACAUAUCCAACAAAAGAAGAUUUCGAUUUUGUAGAAAAUAAACUUAAAGAGAUGGAUAAUAAAAUAACAAUAAAAGGUAAAGAUUAUUAUUGUGUGAAUGGUUAUAAUACUCCAAAUUAUAAAAACUUGCAAGAACAAAGACAGCUAUUUUUAAAACGUUUCGAAUUAGAAGAGUUAAGUAUAUACACAGAGUCAGAAUUGAAUUUUUUUUCUGAAGAAAUGAAAACAUUGGAAAAAAUGAAUACUGAUAUUCAUAAUGAGGAGGAAAAAAAUGAAUGUAGUAUUGAAGCAUAG